AUGUCCAAUCAGAAACCAGUAUUUUAUCAAGGACAAGAAGACAUAAAGCAAGGUCACUCACACCUACAGCAAGGACAAGAAGACAUAAAGCAAGGUCAGUCAAGCCUACAGCAAGGACAAGAAGCCAUAAAGCAGGGUCAGUCAAGCCUACAGCAAGGACAAGAAGCCAUAAAGCAGGGUCAGUCAAGCCUACAGCAAGGACAAGAAGCCAUAAAGCAAGGUCAGUCACUCCUACAGCAAGGACAAGAAGACAUGAAGCAGUGUCAGUCAAGCCUACAGCAAGGACAAGAAGCCAUAAAGCAAGGUAUAAAGACAGGAAUUGAUGAGCUAAAGCACUGUCUAAAAGACGAAUUAUCCAAAGGAAAUCCGAUCAAACAAGGAUCCUCAAAAUUCCCAGAACUGUCAAAUUUGGAAUUAUAUUCCCAUAACCUUAAGAAAACAAUAGAAAAACGUACAGAUCGGCUGACAAAAAAAAUAGUUCAAACCACAGUAAAAACAGAUGAUAUUUUCACAAAUUUGACUCUUCACCAUCAAGAACAAGAAAUUCCGCACCAAAGAGCUCAAGAAGUUGAGGAACUUGCUCGUAAAACUCUUCAUGGAAGAAAAGGGUUUCUACACCAAGAAAGAGCUCACAAAGUCAAUCAGGGUGCUCGUAAAACUGUGACAGAAAUAAAGCAAUGCCUUGAGAUUUUUGUAGACGAAAACAAAGAAAACAAUCCAAAGUCAAUUUUGGUUUCCGGUGAACCGGGUAUCGGAAAAACGCUAUUUUCGCAGAAAAUUGUUAGAGAUUGGUCAACYMAKARYUUAUUGAUACCYGAYAUCAAGUUCACMUACCUMWUAACAUUCAGACAGCUUACUCGGCUUGCCAACAAAGAGCUCACUCUCAGAGGACUGCUGAAUCACUCCCUUUUACUCAACGAAAAUACCAUGAUAACCGAAGAAAUAAUGGCGUACAUUGUCCAGCACCCAGAACAACUGUUUAUUGUCUUCGAUGGCUUUGAUGAAUACGGCAAAGAUGACCGCAACAAAAUAGUCGGAGACUUUGAAGACGAAUUUCCACUAAUUAAUGCCAAAAUGCCAGUAGCUGCCCUGGUCAGCAAACUAAUCAGAAAAAAGAUCUUGAGCGAUUCUGUCACCAUGAUAACCUCCAGACCAAGCGAAGCCAGCUUGUUGAACCAAAAAAUCCAUUUUCAGCGCUAUGUUGAAAUUACAGGAUUCUCAGAGACACAGGUCGUUAAAUACGUUGAGAACUAUUUUAAAUCUAAACCAGAAGAAGUAAAAAAGAUGGCAGUCGACAAAGUCAAAGGAUCACCACACCACAUAUCAUUUGGUCGCGCGCCUUUCCGAUGUUUCUUGAUGUGCAUCUUCAUCGAGUGUGAAAUCAAAAACAAAGGCGAUAUCUCAGUUCCUGCAACUCUUACCGAGUUUUAUGACCAAGUUAUUAAAUGUAUAGAACUAAAUUAUAAUAGAGAAAUACUUAAGCUUCAUUCAGAUGAGAAAGCCGCGUCAGAGGCUGUUGACAAAACCAUCGAUAAUUUUGCUGAAUUAGCG